AUGACAGCCAAAAUAAAAAGUGAUAAUCUACUUAUCAAAUGUCAAGCCAAAAUUGAAGAAAUAGAUGAAGAGGACAUGACCCGUGGAGAGUUAGAGGAUAUAAUUGUGGAAACGAAAGCCAUUAUAAAAUCAAUUUUAGCGAAGAACAAAACCUCGUUUGCCGAAACCUCAUUUGUAGCGCCUCACAGCUCAAGACUCCCAAAAAUGAAUUUGCCAAAGUUUAAAGGGCAAUAUUCGGAGUUCAAAAAUUUCAUGAGCUUGUUCGAGAGCCUAGUUCACAAUGAUCCCACGAUCCCAGAUAUUGAGAAAUUCAACCAUUUAGUUAAUUGUCUGUCUGGGGAAGCUUUGGGAACAGUAAAGGCCUUCCAAAUGUCGGAUGAAAACUAUCCGAAGGCCUUGGUAAGUCUUAAAAAGGUAUAUGAUAAUAAAUGUUUAAUAUUUUUCGAUACAAUAUCAAAAUUGUUUGAGCUGCCAAAUAUUCCAAAGCCAUCGGCGCUUGCAUUACGCACGAUGACCGAUACAGUGUCGGCUGUUUAUGACUCAUUGCUGUCCUUGGGUUAUGAUGAAAAUUGA